UUUUAUCUCUUAUUUCAGUUGGUUCUAAUUUGAAUAUUCAAUUUUACCUCAAAUUUUACCCGUCUUUUGAUUUAGUUUUGCCUAAUUUGUUCCUAUGUUACAUAUUCGUUUGUGUAUAUGUAUAUGUAGCUCCAAUUUAUAGAUAUGCAAUGAAUUGAAGCGAAGCUUCAGAGUAACUUGAGCGAGCGAGAGACGGAGAUCAUCUUCGUCAUCAACGAAAUAAUGAAGCUCUUCAAAGUUGAUCCUCCUCUCUCUGUUUUCGUGAGCUUCACGACGAUCCUUGCAGUAAUAAUAACCAGUUCUAGAGCAUCAGCCCAAACUGAGGAAUAUUAUGACUGUCGAAACACAACCUUUUUCUCUUCCAAUAGUGCCUAUCAAACCAAUCUCGACCAUCUCCUUUCAUGGCUUUCCACAAAUUCCACCAGCCAAAACGGUUUCUACUACGCCACUGCCGGCGACUCCGACAACACUGUCUACGGUGCCUUCCUCUGCCGGGGAGAUCUCGCCGCCGAUGCCUGCCAUGACUGCGCUUCCACAGCAGCCAAACAAAUACUCCGAAAGUGUCCGUUCGAUAAAAAGUCAGUACUCUGGUUCAACGAGUGUAUGUUACGUUACUCAGACAAGCCUUUCUUCUCCACCAGUGAAGAAACCCCCCGUCUGAUUUUGAUGAAUACUGCGACUAGCUUAAACCAGAGUAGCUUUAUGUCGCUGUUGGGAGAAAAUAUCAACGCGGUGGCAGCGCAAGCGGUGAAGGGCGGAGCCGACAAGAAGUUUUCCACCAAAGAAGCGAAAUUUUCUAAUUUCCAAACACUGUACACGCUUGCACAGUGCACGCCAGAUUUAUCUGAAGCUACCUGCGAUACAUGCUUGAAAGGAGCAAUUUCGAACUUACCCAGUUGCUGCAAUGGAAAGAUAGGGGCCAGAGUGCUGCAUACAAGUUGUAUUAUCCGAUACGAAACGUACCCGUUUUACCAUCAGGCGCCGGUGGUGACCUCACAAGACCCAACGCCGAAAGGAAGAACCCGGAUUUCUGUAGCCAAAAUCGUUGCGAUUGUGGCUCCAAUAUUGACUGUUUUGCUGCUUUUCUUCCUUCUCUGCUGGUUAAUAACUAGAAGGGCAAACAAGAAGCAUAAACCAGUGCCAGCUGAAGAUGAUGAUGUUGAAAUUUCCAGUGUGGAUUACUUGCAGUUUGAUCUCGAAACGGUUAAAUUGGCCACAAAUAACUUCUGCCAUGACAAUAAAUUAGGAGAAGGAGGAUUUGGUGAGGUUUUCAAGGGAUCUCUUCCUAAUGGGCAAGAUAUUGCAGUGAAGAGGCUUUCGUUAAGCUCUAGGCAGGGUGCAGAGGAAUUCAAGAAUGAGGUAGUUUUAGUGGCCAAGCUUCAACACAGAAACCUUGUUAGGCUAUUGGGAUUUUGCUUGGAUGGAGAAGAGAAGAUCCUCAUAUAUGAGUUCAUCCCCAACAAGAGCUUGGAUCAUUUUCUUUUCGAUGAGGAAAGAAAGAGUAUGUUGAAUUGGCCAAAACGAUAUAAGAUUAUACAAGGAAUUGCUCGGGGAUUACUUUAUCUUCAUGAAGACUCUCGACUUAAAAUCAUACAUCGUGAUCUUAAAGCUAAUAAUAUAUUAUUAGAUGAGGAGAUGAAUCCAAAAAUUACAGAUUUUGGUAUGGCAAAAAUUUUUGGUCUUAGUCAAACUCAAGGAUACACAGACAGAAUUGUGGGAACAUUCGGCUACAUGUCUCCAGAAUAUGCAAUGCAUGGACAAUUGUCCACAAAAGUGGAUGUGUACAGCUUUGGUGUGUUGAUUUUGGAAAUAAUAAGUGGACAAAAGAGCACAUCCUUUCAUGAAUCCAACUACGAUGAACAUCUGUUGAACUUUGCCUGGAGAAAGUGGAGAGAUGGGACGUCAUUGGAAGUGUCAGACAUGAGUUUGAGAGAUUCUUAUACUAGAGAGGAAGUGAGCAGAUGUAUCCAGAUUGCGUUGUCAUGUGUACAGGAAGAUCCAGCUCGAAGGCCAACAAUGCAGGGAAUAGUUCUGGUCCUCAACAGUUACUCAGUUAGUGUAGCAAUACCUGAGGGGCCUCCAUUUUUGGUUCAUAGCAGAACUGUUGAGCCCAGCCUUCGAUUGGAAUCAGAUAAGUCUUCUAUAAACAAAUCAGUCUCAGACUCUGUUGAUGAAGCUUCCAUUACUCAAGUGUACCCCCGAUAGCUCAUCUGAUAUACAAUACAAAGACCAUAUGCUCGCUGAUGUUCUGUUUACCCACAUCUGGAUUCUUGUCAAAUCGGAGGAAUAUUGUUAGGGAAAGAAGGACCUGUCUACUUCUUUGUAGAAUAGAGAUUUGAAAUUAAAAGUUGAUAUAACUCGGUUCUUCAACUAUUAGACUUUACAAAGUUAAAAAAUCCAUAUACGGUGAUUAUUCUUGUCAAUCUUGUGGGACUGAUACAAAGUGUCUUCAUGUAAAUAA